AUGGGGCCCCCAGACCAGAAGAGGCCCCACGGAGCGGGGGGCCCCCCUGCCUUUGAGUUGAGGCUUUUAGACCCAGCUGUGAGGGGCUCUGCUGCUGCUGCAGCAGCGCCUGCAGACGCAGCAGCAGCAGCAGCAGUGAAGCCUCGUAACAAGAAAAAGGGAGGUGACCCUGAGCGCCGCAAGCAGUGCAGCAUCCACGCCCUUAUGAAACGCAUCUCACUUGAGUCGAAGUCUGCUGCUGCUGGCGGCGCUGCAGAAGCAGCAGCUGCAGCAGGAGAACCAGCAACGCCAGCAGCAGCAGCAGCAGCAACAGCCGGGGAGGCAUCCGACCCAGCAAACGCUUCUGUCUCCAGCUCUUCCCCUCCCUCCCAAUCACCAGCAGCAGCAGCAGCAGCAACAGCAGCAGCAGCAGCAGCAAAAGUGCCGGCUGAAAGCCCAAAUGAAGUUUCUCUUUUCAUGUUUGACUUCGGAGAGUGUGACGCUCAGCGCUGCAGCGGCCGCCGUUUGCUGCGGCACUGCAAACUCAACAAGAUAACAGCUGCUGGCAAAGUGCAGUACGCCCAGCGGCUGGGUGGCCGCAGCAGCAGCAGCAGCCGCAGCAGCAGCAGCAGCAGCAGCGGCAGCAGCGACAGCGAGACGGACGCGGACUCGAGACCUGGAAGCAAGGAGGGCGAGGGCUGCGCUGCUGCGGCACCCGCUGCCGGAGCAGCCGCAGCCCCCGCAGCAGCAGCAGCAGCAGCAGGAGCAGCAGCAGCAGCAGGAGGGCGCAGCAGCGGGGAGCUGCUGCGGGUGCGCGUGAAGGGGGGGCACUUCAAAGGCAUUUUGCUGUCGCCUUACUUCAACGAAAAGACCCAAAUCUUCAGUGCAGCAGAUGGGCCUUUGCUGCAGCAGCAGGGGCUGGCAGUGGUGGACUGCAGCUGGAACAGAGUCUUAGAAGGCAGGCGCUCGCAGCACAUUGACUUCGUUAAAAAGAACGUGCGAGUGCUGCCGCUGCUGCUCUGCGGCAAUCCGACCCACUACGGGGCCCCCAACAUCUUGACCUGUGCGGAGGCCCUUGCGGGGGCCCUUUACAUUGCAGGGUACCGGCGGCAUGCAAAUUUGCUGCUGCAGAGUUUCACUUGGGGCCCCCACUUUUUGGAGUUGAACAGCACCUUUUUGGAGCGCUACACUCGCGUGUCUUCUGCUGCUGAAAUGAAGGCCCUCAAGCUGCAGCAGGAAGCCGAAAUGCUCGCCAAAAAGGCCCAAAAAGAAGAAGACAAAGCAACAAAUCAAAAAGGCUACACCGCAAUCUACACAGACUUAGAACCAGAAGCAGACACCUAG